UGUUGGAGCUUGAGCCGAACCGCGGGAUGUUCUACUGGAAAGGCGGCUCGGGGCCGCUCGACGGCCUCGGGGACAUGUCGAAGAGCGACAUCCUCCGAGGAAUCAUCUCCGAGAAGCUGAGCACGGCGGCGCGCGACAUCCUGGCGGUGGUGGAGCGGACGGUGGCCGACUACGAGGAGGAGGCUGCGGGCUUCCGGCGGCAGAUCGAGCGGCAGCGGCGGCAGCUGGAGCUCCUGCAGCCGGAGGUCAAACUGCGCAGGCGCGGGGGCGCUCGGGACCAGGACCUGUGCGGUUCUGAGGUGGUUCUGGUGGGGCAGGAGCCCGGGGAACCGGUGCUGACUCAACAGACAGACAUGGAGGACUCCGGGAGUCUGGACAUCUGGUACAUCGAGGACGAUGCUAACGAAGAGCAGCAGGUUCUGGUCCAGCCGACAACCAGCAGCAGGAUGAAGCGGGAGGACCUGAAGGACCCGGACUAUGAAGUCCCAUCCAGGUCCGGUCCUCCCAGAAUCCGGACUCCAAGAAAGAGGCCCGGCAGACCUCGGAUCAGCGACCAGCAGGAGCAUCUGGAUCUGAGGGUCCGGCUGCUGGAGGACAGUGGAACCGAGGUUCUGUCCAACAACGUUUUCAGGAAGUUUCCGGUCCAGGACCUGCGGUGUCCUCGGGGUCUUCAGGAGGCCUCCUUCCUGGACCUGCUCAGGUCCAGGUUCCCUCAGCUGGCCUCCGGGGCGCCCUUUGACCUCUUCGUGACGGACAACAGUCGGAAGCUGCGGGCGCUCCAGGUCCCGGCUCUGACUCCAGAACACAUCCACAGAACCAUCCGGUCCAGCGGGAACUCGGCGCUCUACAUCCGGCUGAAGUCCACAGUAGAAAGGGACGGUCCUUCCCCACAGAACCAGGAGGUGGAGUCCCUCACCACAUCCAGCUUGCUGUCGGUUUCGCCCGGCAGGAGGAGGCGGGGCCGACCACGCACCGGCGAGGAGCCCACUCACCACGUCCUGAGGAUCUGCGUGCUGGAAGACCCGCGGCCCGACGAGUCUCCGGGUUCUGUGUUGCAGAGGUCGCCCGUCCAGGAGCUGGAGUGUCCUCGAGGACUCCAGGAGCCCGAGUUCCUGGACCUCCUGCGCGCCUCCUUCCCCCAACUGGACCGGGACGACCGGAAGCUGGGCGUGUACAAGUCGGACCGCAGCAAGCGGCUGCGGCGGCUCCGAGUCGACGCCCUGACGCCCGAGGAGAUCUACAGGAGCAUGAAGUCCACCGGCAUCAAGAAGACGCUCCUCUACAUCAGGAUGAAGACUGGUGAUGAAGAGGAGAGUGAAGAGGAAGACGAGCCUCCAGGCAGCGACGGCGAGCAGAACCAGGACGCCGCCGGACUCCACUCAAGCGCCCCCUCAGGUGGGAUCAGCGCCGAUUCCCCGAGCACCAGCUCCAUGCCACACACGGAUGGAGAAUUCAGCGGCGCCGUGGACCCAGACCUGGACUGGAAACCGGAACCUGAACUGGUCAGGCGGGUCCCGCUGUCCGGCUCACGGAAGACGAGCCGCAGCAGAACCUCCUGCAGGGUGUGCGGGGUUUGGUACCGCAUCCUGGGCAGCCUGAUCAAACACGCCUGGACCCACGCCGACGAGCCGCCGAGCGUUUGUGGCGUCUGCGGAGAGGAGUGUCAGACCCCGGAGGGGCUGAAAGCUCACCUGAAGACGCACCAGAAGACCCACACCUGCGCGCACUGCGGGAAGUCCUUCCUGACGCUCUCCGGCCUCCACAACCACACCUCCCUGCACACCGGCGACCGGCCCUUCAGGUGCAGCGACUGCAGCAAAACCUUCGUCAACCUGUCCUCCCUGAGCGUCCACCGCUGGAUCCACGUGGCGGACAAGCCCUACAAGUGCGACGUGUGCCCCAAGUCCUUCGGACUGAAGGCGCAGCUCACCGCGCACAAGAAGGCGCACGCCAGCAAGGACCAGUACCACUGCAACAUCUGCAACAAGCUGGUCUACGACCGCCGCUCGCUGUCCCGACACAAGAUGACGCACUCCGGAGAGCGCCGCUUCGGCUGCCAGGUCUGCGGGAAGCGCUUCAAACUCCCGGGAACCCUCAAGUCCCACGAGAAGACCCACACGGUCCGGGACCGGCCGUUCCUCUGCCACAUGUGCUGCAAGACCUUCCUGUCCAGCUGCAGCCUGGUGGCGCACAUGAAGACGCACAGCGGCGAGAGGCCGUUCGUCUGCGCCGUGUGCAGCCGCGGCUUCCUGACCAACGAGGCGCUCAAGAAGCACCUGCGGGUCCACACCGGCGAGGCGCCGUACGACUGCAAGCACUGCGGCCGCUUCUUCAAGCUCAAGAGCACGCUGAACAGCCACAUCCGGAGCCACCUGGGGAUCAAGCGCUUCACGUGCGGCGUGUGCGGGAAGGCGUGCUCGCGGCAGGAGCACCUGACGGUCCACAUGCGCACCCACAACGGGGAGAGACCCUACAAGUGCUCGCACUGCGACAAGGCCUUCACGCAGAGCCACUGCCUGAAGAGCCACAUGAGGAGCCACCACGCCGCCGAGGACGCCCCCUGAAGGGUCCGAGCGCCCUCCACGCUCAGGGGAGGAGCUCUCCUUCAGCACGGUCCAGAACCGUCCAGCACCGGGUCCGGGUCAGAGUCCAACCGCCUUAAAACCACAUCUGAACCAGCAGCAGGAUGAUGGUUCACCAGAACGCCGCCGGUUCAGUCUGAUCCAUUCCAGCCCCCCCACCCCGACCCCCCAGACGUCGUCCUGCUGGUGGCCCCACAUCAUGAUGCUACCACCACCAGGACUCUCCUCCAGAAUCCUAAAAUGAAGCUUAAACCAGAAACAGCUCAAGAACAGCAUCUUCAGAGCUGGAUCUCUGUUUGGGUUACUGAUCCUGAUGAUCAGAUUCAGGGUUGAUCUUCAGAUCAGCAGUUUGAUCUACUCACAGCUUCUGCUGUGGAUCAGGGAACAGCGUUCGACCCAAAAUCCAAACGUUUCUUCAACAUUUUACCCAGAGUUCUGAUGAAACCACCACAGACUGAACAAACACACCAAAACGUUUUCAGAAAAAUGUCACAUUUGAAGUAUUUUGGUUCAAAAAAGAUUUCAUGACAGAAAAAACCUGAAACUUUUAUUUUGUUGAACCGCUCUGUUUUUAUCUCUGCUUUUAUUCUGACAUUGCCUUGAUCUGCUUCAUCUGUUUUAUAACUUUCACUUUUUAUUUCAUAUCUUAGUCUUAAUAUUAAUGCAUUGUGAUUCAGCAAAGCAUGAUGGGAGAAAAAAUACACUUUAGUUGAACUGUUUUGUAAAUUGUCUUUUUCAUGGAAAACUAAAGAAUCUUUAAAAAAAA